GGUCGUGAUGCUUCUGGAGAUUUCCAAUGUUCGUUUGGGAACAGGGCUUUGAAAGAAUUGAUUCUUCACUUUGUUGCUUGUGGAGGUAAGGAGAGGUGCAUUGCAUUUGGUACAGGAAUAGGAGUAGGAAUUGAUCAUCGAUAAUGUCGUAUUUGCUGCCGCACCUGCACUCAGGAUGGGCCGUCGACCAGGCGAUUCUGGCCGAGGAAGAACGUGUUGUCAUCAUACGAUUCGGCCAUGAUUGGGACGAGACUUGCAUGCAGAUGGAUGAAGUGCUAGCAUCAGUUGCUGACAAAAUUAAAAACUUUGCUGUCAUUUACCUUGUGGACAUUUCAGAGGUUCCUGAUUUCAACACAAUGUAUGAGCUGUAUGACCCAUCCACAGUUAUGUUCUUUUUCAGAAACAAGCACAUUAUGAUUGACCUUGGCACUGGGAACAACAACAAGAUUAACUGGGCUCUCAAGGACAAGCAAGAGUUCAUUGACAUUGUGGAGACAGUGUACCGUGGUGCAAGGAAGGGGCGUGGUCUGGUGAUUGCUCCCAAGGAUUACUCCACCAAGUACCGCUACUAAGUGCUGUAAUUCAUUCCAGUCUUUGUAAGAUGAUCCUAAUUUCUGCACUUCCUAUAUCUUUAAUCUCCUGCAUUCAUUGGCCCAACGGCCAAAAGUAUCCUAAUGUACUGAACAUCUUCCAGUUUGUAUGGAGUUGCAUUUUGGUAAUCAAUUAACUCUCUUUACAUCA